GUCAUUCUUGAUAACAAACAUAUAUAUAUAUAUAUAUAUAUAUAUAUAUAUAUAUAUAUAUAUAUAUAUAUAUAUGACACGAUAAUCUGAGUGACACUAUCUCUCGAGAAAAGCCAGCAUCUACCUUAUUACAUGUGAACAUACCAAAGUGUGACAUAGACGUGGGACUUCUCCAAUUAUUUUGACGUGAUUUGCCAGCAUACUCGUGUGAUCUCGUAAAAUUAUGUAUCUACCGCAAACGCUAUUGAUAUUUUGGAUAUUGAUGAGAUAAACUGAAAAUACGAAAGAGCACCUAAUGACGGUUUUGCGAAAUGAUGACAAAUCUUCGAUAUGACACCAUCUGUUCAGUUUUAGUUUUAUUUUCUAUUCUAGUACACGCCAAGGCAGAACCGCAGGAUAUUUCGAAUGUUCAGCAUUUACCUGACAUUAAAUUUAAUUCGAAUGAAUAUUCGGAAUAUCCUGACAAUGAGGAUGAAGGAUCCUUCCAUUCGCAAUUGGAUGAACAACAAAGUAUAAAAGAUAAUUUAUAUUUACGAGGUAAUAGCCACUUUAAUAAAGAGGAAUCAAUAACUACAGAUGAUUUAGACAAAAGUAUGUAUUCAUUUAUUUGUUUAAAGAUAUCUCUUGAUAUAAAAUUGGAUAUGCAUUGGCCUGCUGAACAACUGAAACUUAAUCAAAUAUCAGCAGUUUCUAUGGAUCCAUAUGGCAAUAUUGCUAUUUUUCAUAGAGGAAAUCGUAUUUGGGGAGCUGAUACUUUUGACAAUGGAAACAGAUUCAAUCCAAAUAAUGGGCCCAUAAUGCAAAAUACAAUUAUCCUUUUGAAUAAAAGUGGGAAGGUAAUAUUAGAGUUUGGAAAAAACAUGUUUUAUCUUCCACAUGGUUUGACUAUUGAUCAGUCUGGAAAUUAUUGGAUUACUGAUGUGGCAAUGCAUCAAGUAUUCAAGUUUGAUGCUCAAGAUAUAGAGAAGCACAUGGAAGAAUUGAAACAUGCACAGUUUAGCUCAAUGACAAGUGUGUCUAGCGAUCACACUGGUGCAUUAUUUGAAAAUAGCAUACUAAAGCCAUCCAUAAUUCUUGGAGAGGCUUUUGUGCCUGGUAAUGAUGAAACGAGAUUUUGUAAACCAACAGCUGUUGCUGUACAUACUAAUGGUGACUUUUUUGUCAGCGAUGGAUAUUGCAAUUCUAGGAUAAUCAAAUUUAAUAAGAACGGAGAGCGAAUUCUACAUUGGGGACGACAUUGGGGCGCUGGAGAGCCCAUCUAUUCGCAGUUGCCUCCACCAAAUGCGUUUCUCGUCCCACAUGCUUUAGCACUCGCAAGUGAAUUGAACUAUAUUUAUGUUGCUGACAGAGAGAAUGGCAGGGUAUUAUGUUUCUUUGCUAGCAAUGGUACAUUUCAUAAAGAAUACAGGCACUCUGCUAUCGGUACACAAAUUUAUAGCAUUGGAUAUGCUCGAGAAAAAUUAUAUCUAGUCAAUGGAUUGAAUCCAUAUAAUCCAAUUAAUUCAGUGCCAGUAAGAGGUUUUGUGCUUGAUAUCUAUUCUGGAAAGAUAUUGUCAAUGUUUGCACCCAAGGGAAACAUGGAUAAACCACAUGAUCUCUAUGUGACGGAAGAUGAUUCCGAGAUAUAUGUAGUAGAGUUAAAUAAUCACAAAAUUUAUAGAUUUCUACAAGGUGUAAAUGAUUCUACACCUGCUGAAGAUUCACAAUCUAUUAAGCGGCAUCGACCUAAGAUCUUAGUACAUCCUGAUACUAAAGAUGCUGAUAUUGGAAAGACUAAUAUGACGAAAUUGAUUCUAGGUCUUGGCUCAGCAGCCAUUUCUUUUAUUACAAUAUGCGUCGCGAUUGCUGCCAUUGUAGCAAGAUGCCAAAAAAGAGGUAGAGAAACAAGAUAUCACUAUGAUGAACCAAUUGUUGAAUUUUCUAAAUUAGUUAAUUAGGAUACAAAAAUUCAUUUGUCUGUGUUUUUCUUUCAUUGUAUUUUUGUUUUUUGUAUAUUAUGCUAAUAUAUAUAUAUAUAUAUAUAUAUAUAUAUAUAUAUAUAUAUAUAUAUAUAUAUAUAUUAAAUAAGCUCCUUUUUUCCUGUUGCUUAUUGAAAUAUUUAGUAAAAUAAAUUAUAAAAAAUGAAUUAUAAAAAAAUUCAAUAUCUUUGUAAUAUUAUAUAUCUUUGUAAUAUAAUACAACAGAAAAAAAGGAAUUAUAAUGUCUGCUCAUGUUUGUUUAUUGUUGCAGCUAUAUAUGUUUAAAGAUUUUAUUUUUAUUUAUAUAUUUCCAGAACAAUAUAAUUAUGUUGCUAAACUUUAACAGUUAAGAUAGUUUUAACACCUUGUAGUAGCAAAAAAUUAAUUUGUUCCUAUUACUGAAUCCCUAAAUUGUGUGUGUGUUUUCUUAUUCAAAAGAAUUUAUUCUUACUUAGUAGCUUUAAUUGAUAUUUCUUAUAUAUAUGCUAUAGUUAGAAAGCAUAGUGUUGUACUCUUUAUAUAUUCAUGUAUCUUGUAAAUUUAAUUUUUAAGACAGUUAUAUACAUAUGCCUAAAAUGUAUGUAAAAUUUUUUUUUAGAUUUUGUUAGAUAUCUGUAUGUUAUAUUACUAUAUAUGAAUUGUAUUGUAUUACACCCUUUAAUUUUUU